UGCAGCUUCCUCCUCCUCAGUCCUGCCGUCCUCACUGCUUUACGGUUUUCUUACUGCUUUUCCACCUGACCGAUAAGAAUGCGAGUAGUAACAAGCAAACACAAGUACACCACAACUCAUUAGUAAUUAAUUACAGCACCCCUACUCCUACGCUAAGCUAAGCUUAAUACUACUAGAAGUGGACGCUGCACACUAGCUGGGUGUAGACCGUGUAGUAGCUAGCGGCGCACUACUGCUGUAGUUGCAUGGCAUCCUCGGGCGGCGGCGGGGGCGGGGGAGACGUGCCGGCGGAGAGGGCUGCCGCAGCGGUGAACGACCUGAUGGAGGUGCGCGAGGGCGGGGAGAGGCUCAGGGACUGGCUGCAGGAGCAGUCGUCGGAGUGGACGGAGCUGAUGGACGGGAUGCUGCACAAGCUGACCAGCGCUCUCUCGGCCUUGGACACCGGCUGCGCAGCUGGAGCGUCGGCUGCCGGAUCGGGCGACGGGGUGCUCAGGCCGACGGCGGAGAGCUCGGCCAGGAGGACUAGGAAACGCAGCUUCAGCAGGAGGUCCCAACGCUCCUCUAGUACACGAGUAACUCACACGCUGAUUGAUGGUCACGUAUGGCGGAAAUAUGGGCAGAAAGAAAUCCAAAACUCGCCUCAUCCAAGGAGCUACUACAGGUGCACGCACAAAUCAGAAAGAGGCUGCGAUGCCAAGCGGCAAGUCCAAGCCUGCGAAACCGACCCGCCCAAGUUCACCAUCACGUACUACGGCGAACACACCUGCACCACGCCCCCGGUGACCAUCGUGGACGCCAACGAUGGCCGCGGAAGGAACAACCUCGUCAGUUUCGCGCGGACGUUUCCUCAGCUGUCCGAUAAGGAAGGUGGCGCGGCCACUACUCAGCAUCUGUCCUCCUCCUGGUGCGCGAGCGACCGCGUGUUCAACUCCUCGGGCGCCGAUCCGUUCGUGCAGACGGACGAGCUCGCCGUGGUCGUGGGAUCUGCCGGGAGGACGUCGUUGACGGUGGGCUCGGUGCGGGACUGCGGCGGGCUUGGUGACAUGGCGGGAGGCGGCCAGGGCGGUGGCACGAGCAGCUUUCCAUCAUCACCAAGCAGCAUCGAGUUCAUGAUGAACUCGCUAGGCAGCCUCGGAGAUGACAACCUUUUCCCGUGCGAUCCAUGAGUCCAUGACACAAGGGAUUGGACUGGGAGGCGGUGGUUUCAUCGAUCACUUCACUUGCACUGUUGCACACGCAUUCAGGUAUGCAUGCACUACUGCACAGCAGGGUGCAUGAUGUAAGUGUAUGCGCAUGCAUAGUAUGCUUGCGCAUGAAUGUAACCAGUGUACAACUUUUGUUUAGAAAAUAACCAAUGUACAGCCGAUUUUGGGUUGAUUACGGAAGUUUAGUG